UAUCUCUCUCUCUCUUCUGUCUCUGUUACUUCUCUCUCUCUUUCUCUCAUUUCUUUCUUUUUUUUUUCGAAUAGAAUCUCUCAAGGCUUUGCUCUCAGAUUUGGAAAUCUGAUCAACAAUCCGGUUAUUUCCGGUUUAAGAGAAUGUGCGUGUUGUAACCGUAAUCUGAGAGAGAAAACAGUUAAACCCUAGAUUCAAAACCAUUUCUCAGAUCUCCGGAGAGUGAGAGUGGGAGUGAUGAGUCUAUGAUGCAAGAAUCGCUUGACGUCGAAGAAGAAGAAGUGAUAUCGAGCAUUCGAAGAGACGAUUCAUUGCCGUUAGCCAAACCUCCUCCGAUCAUGACGCGAUCUCGAUCGCAAGUAGCUACGCGGCGCGUGACCCCCACGCCGCCUCCCCUGGAGAUCGAGAAGCCGCUCCCGAACGGGGAUCUCUACAUCGGGAGCUUCUCCGGCGGUUUUCCCCACGGAUCCGGGAAGUACCUCUGGAGCGACGGGUGCAUGUACGAAGGCGAGUGGAAGCGAGGGAAGGCCUCCGGGAAGGGCAAGUUCUCGUGGCCGAGCGGCGCCACCUACGAGGGCGAGUUCAAGUCCGGGAGGAUGGAAGGGUUCGGGACCUUCACCGGCGCCGACGGGGACACGUACCGAGGCACCUGGGCGGCGGAUCGGAAGCACGGACACGGGCAGAAGCGCUACGCCAACGGAGACUUCUACGAAGGGACGUGGAGGAGGAAUCUACAAGACGGGAGGGGACGUUACGUUUGGAGAAACGGGAAUCAGUACACCGGAGAGUGGAGAGGAGGAGUUAUCUCCGGGAAGGGGUUGUUAGUGUGGCCUAACGGUGAUCGGUACGAAGGUUUAUGGGAGAACGGUGUGCCGAGAGGGAGCGGGGUGUUUACUUGCGUUGAUGGGAGCUCUUGCGUUGGGGCUUGGGACCGGAGUAAUGUGAUGAGGAGUUUCUUCGACGGUGUUGAGAAGAGUGGUUUGGUUGUGGCUGCGACGAGGAAGAGGUCUUCGGUUGAUAGUGGAGGUGGGAGUUUGGGCGGGGAGAAGGUUUUCCCGAGGAUUUGUAUUUGGGAGUCUGAUGGUGAGGCUGGAGAUAUCACUUGUGAUAUUAUUGAUAACGUUGAGGCGUCGAUGAUUUAUAGGGAGAGGGCUUCGGUUGAUCGUGUGCGUCAGUUUAAGAAGAAUCCUUGUUGGUUUAACGGCGAGGCGAAGAAGGCUGGGGAGACUAUAUCUAAGGGGCAUAAGAAGUAUGACUUGAUGCUGAAUUUGCAGUUGGGGAUCAGGUACUCUGUUGGGAAACACGCGUCUGUUGUUAGAGAGCUUAAACAGGCUGAUUUCGAUCCAAAGGAGAAGUUUUGGACAAGGUUUCCGCCGGAAGGGACCAAGACUACGCCGCCGCAUCAGUCGGUUGAUUUCCGGUGGAAGGAUUAUUGUCCUUUGGUGUUCAGACGUCUCAGGGAUCAUUUCCAAGUUGAUCCAGCUGAGUAUAUGCUAGCUAUAUGUGGAAACGAGGCUCUUAGGGAGUUAUCUUCACCUGGAAAGAGUGGAAGCUUCUUUUACCUAACGCAAGAUGAUAGGUUUAUGAUCAAGACUGUGAAGAAGUCGGAAGUCAAGGUGCUUCUGAGAAUGCUUCCAAGUUACUACAAACACGUCUGUCAAUAUGAAAACUCCCUCGUGACUAGAUUCUACGGUGUUCAUUGCGUGAAACCCGUUGGUGGCCAGAAGACUCGGUUUAUCGUCAUGGGAAACUUGUUCUGCUCCGAGUAUAGAAUCCAGAGACGGUUUGAUCUCAAAGGGUCUUCCCAUGGACGGAGUACAGCAAAGCCUGAAGGGGAGAUUGAUGAGACCACGACUCUAAAGGACCUUGAUCUCAAUUUUGCUUUCCGUCUUCAGAGAAACUGGUAUCAAGAGCUUAUGAAGCAAAUAAAACGAGACUGUGAGUUCUUGGAAGCGGAGAGGAUAAUGGAUUAUAGCCUUUUAGUUGGUGUGCACUUCCGUGAUGACAGCACAGGAGAAAAGAUGGGGCUUUCUCCAUUCGUUUUGAGAUCUGGUAGGAUAGAUUCAUAUCAGAAUGAGAAAUUCAUGCGUGGUUGUCGCUUCCUUGAAGCUGAACUUCAAGACAUGGAUCGGAUUUUAGCUGGCAGGAAACCAUCGAUAAGAUUAGGUGCAAACAUGCCAGCAAGAGCCGAACGUAUGGCCAGAAGAAGCGACUUUGAUCAGUAUACAUCAGGAGGAGGAGCUAACUAUCCAUCUCACGGUGAGAUGUAUGAAGUGGUUCUAUACUUUGGAGUCAUUGACAUAUUGCAAGACUACGACAUAACCAAAAAGAUUGAGCAUGCUUACAAGUCGUUACAAGCAGAUCCUGCUUCCAUCUCAGCCGUUGAUCCUAAACUCUAUUCCAAGAGGUUCAGAGAUUUCAUCAGUAGGAUCUUCAUCGAAGACGGCUAAAGAAUGAUGAUCUGAGAAAGGCUAAUAAGGAUUUUACUAACACUCUCGGCUUCUUGAGAUGGGAUAAUGCGCCAAGCAGGAUAAAAAGGUAAUCUCAAAGAUAGAAGAAAGCGACUUGGAGUUUUUAAUUUAUUUCUUUUUGAGAUAAUUAGUCAAAGUUUUGGGGGUUGGGGGAAGCUUUAUCUAUUUUUGUGGUGAGCGAUAUAUUUGUAUAUGUGAAUAUAGAUUGUGAAGGUUUAGUACAUAGUAAUUACAAUGGAAUUCAAAAUUGAAAUUGGGUUUUGGUGA